GAAAGGAAGGUCCCUGGUGAGCAGCUUCUCAGGCGGAGGAGGAGGAGCUAGCUCGGCCGCGACCUAAUGGCAAGGUGGUCGCCGCCGCCGCGGCGGGACGGCGAGCACUUCUCCCUGGGCCACGACGCCGUCUCGCUGUACUUCUUCGUGGCGUGCGUCGCAGCCACCGUGGCGCUCACCUCGUCCAUGUGCUCUGCCUGCGGCCGCAAGCCCAAGGCGGUCAGCCAAGAGCCUGACGACGCAGCAAAGGCCUCCGUCCAUGAUGAGACCCCAGGCGGCGGCGGCGACGACGACGCACAUGAGGAUGAGGAGGUGGUGACCCUAUCGCCGGAGCUGGCGACGCACGGGCCCAUCCAACCGAAGCCGCUGCCGGUGUCGGCGUCGCGGCGGAAGCUGUCCAUCUCCAUGAGCCUAAGCAAAGCACAAAGCAAAGCGCAGAGCAUCGUCAAUAUCCCGGACAAGAUGCGGCUGAGCAAGCGGGAGCGCAGGGACAAGGACGCCGGCGGCGGCGAGGAUGGCGCACUAUGGAAGAAGGCCAUCAUCCUCGGCGAGAAGUGCCGGAUCCCCGGCGAGAGGGGCGAUGGGGAGGCCUCUGGCAGCAGCGCUGGCGACGGUGACCCCUCAGAUUCCGCCGACGACGAGAUGGCCGCCGGCACCUUCCGCCGCUCCAGCUACUCCCGCCCGGUCUCGCGCUCCAACUCCUUCGCCGUCCAACAGCGUACCGUCGCCGAGGCCCCUGCCGUCUUGCAACCGCCCCCCUAUUCUUGACGCCCUCCGCUUCCGCCGCCCGGGAUCGAGGAAGAAAGCUAUCCUAUCUAUACGAGCGUCGUGUAUAGGUGAUCAUGAAAUGCAUCCAUGGAACAUUUGGUUGCGUUUUGAUCUUUGGGAGUUUGAAUUUGUCAAACUCAUGCAUGGGUGAAGUGAUCGAUCUUUUUCGCACGGAUUAGCAUGCAUGCAAAAGGGGGAAUGUGAUUUUGUGUUAAUUUUUGGUGAUACAUUCUUCUGCAAACCUUGUGUAUCUUUAAUAGAAACAACAAUUUUACAAUGAGGAUCAAAUUUAUAUUCUUCUC